AUGGGUCUGCGUGAAGCCAUCAACCGAGGGGAGGAAAAGCUAGCUUGUAAGCUGGUUUACUCUGGUGCGGAUCCGAACGAACAUUUCGUUAAGAAUAGAACGGGCUACGAUUGUCACGAAGUGGAACGCUAUGAGACUCCGUUGACCCUUGCUGCAUCUUAUCGCCUUGAGACGCUGACAAUGGUGCUUCUCCUAAAAGGUGCACGGGUCGACCUCGAUCACAACAAGUAUACGUUACAAGAAUCGCCUCUCAUGCACGCAGUGUGGACAGACCACGAGGAAGGGAUAAAUGCGUUCCUUAUUCGGAUCUUGCUGCAAGCACAUGUCGACAACGAAGACGAAGCUGUGCCGUUCACGGAUGCAAACGUCGAUGUGCCGUUCGCGAUGAGAUUUGUACUUCGCCACAGCGACUGGUUUGAUGAUGCGGAGGAAUUCCACGAGGCGGUAUGGACCAUUGCCGAGCUCAAACCCGGCGUUAUUAACGCUGAUGUCGGCCUCGGAUGGAGGCCGCUCACUCUGGUGCAAGACAGGGGAGCCAUGGAGAUCCUGUUGCGGCCGGGGGCUGAUCCCAAGGACAUCGGAUGUUUGCUAGAAUGUCACUGUUCGGGCGGAUGUAUUGAUGCCAGAGACGCGAGGGACACGGGUGUGAUACAAGGAUGCUUGGAGUGCGGUGCUGACCCAAAUGCGAAGGACAAGAAUGGAGAUACGUUACUGAUCAUCGCCGUACACAAUGGUUUCGAUUCCUCCGAAAAUGCAAAGGUAGUGGAUGUUCUGCUGAGAGGCGGGGCAGACGAAACAAUCAUCGGCAAUGGUGGUAUGACGGCACUAGAUUGGGCUCGUGAAGAGGAACAACGUGACACAAUCUCUCUCCUGGUCAAUGCUGCGAGAGACAGAAGUAGGCGCCGCCGUCUUCUCAUCAUCAUGUGCAUCAGGCGCGGCACUGGUGUCGCAGCAAACAGCAGCUGGGGUCGCGUGGCGGAGUUCCUGGUGGACUUGAGAGGAAACCCUGGCACCGAGGGAAUCUUCCGCACCGUCUUUGGAUUCAUGUGA